CAUGAAGGCAGUGUACAGUCUACCCCACCACAUAGCAUCAAGAAUUUGUCCUCUCAUUUCUUUCACCUCCCAACUCACCCAACCUUUUUUACUUUCCCACUCCUUUUUGUGUUCGUAUUAAUCUAUUGAUCAGCACCGCGGAUUAAAGCCCCUGGCCAAGCAGUCUCCCCGCCCAAGUUUCCUCUUAUUCCUCGACCUGACCUGCGAACUCAUUCGUGUACUGAAGAAACUAGAAAGCACAUGCGUCUCAGCGUCUGCACUCUGAACACAAGCAGCUUCAGCAGGUAGAUGCAGUGAGUAGAAGAGUGGUAGCAGCAGCAGCUGACGAGCUCACUUUACACUAGCUCCUGAAACAGCACGCCCCUGCCGGCUACUAGUAAGCACUACCUUGUUGCGAGGCAGAGCUCAGAGCUCGAGGCGAGGGGGCGAGGCUCAUGGAAGGUCUGAGGCCAGUCCAUUGGCUGGCGUCUCUCCUCGCCGUCCUCCUCUUCUGCCAUGCCGCAGGCAGGGGAAGCGAGCAGAGACAGGAGCCCGCCGAGCUGGGGCGCGCCGGGGACACGCCGGAGCGGGACGUGACCUCGCCACUGGCCACCGUCCCGGUGGUGACCCCCACGGUCACGACGCCCACGGCGAUGCCCACCGCGACGCCGGCGACGCAGGCGCCGUCGCUGGCCGGCGGCGGCGGCAGCUGGUGCGUGGCGAGCCCCAGCGCGAGCGCGACGGCGCUGCAGGUGGCGCUGGACUAUGCGUGCGGGCAGGGCGGCGCGGACUGCUCCCCCAUCCAGCAGGGCGGGAGCUGCUUCAGCCCGGACACCGUCCGCGACCACGCCUCCUACGCCUUCAACAGCUACUACCAGAAGAACCCCGUCCAGACCAGCUGCGACUUCGGCGGCACCGCCGUCCUCACCAGCACCAACCCAAGUACUUCGGCAUGCCAGUAUCCAGCAACUAGCACCGGUGCUUCUGUCCUGAACACGUCGACGCCGCUGCCGCCAACUUACGGGUCUCCUCCUGGCGGGUACGGGAGCUCCCCACCCGCCGGAUACGGCACCUCCCCGCCGCUCUACGGGUCCAUGUCGCCGCCGGAAUACGGCGACAGCAUCAGCGCCGCGGUGACGGCGCCGGGCAGCAGGAAGAAGACGAUCCUGUCGCUGGCGACGUGCCUCCUGAUCGCGACACUGGCCGGCUGAACCUCCACACGCAGCAGCCCAAGCCGCCGCGUCGCCGUUGUGCCGUGCGCCGCAGCAGGACGUUCAGUUGCGGUACGUCCAGGUGUUAGAGGCGGUGGCGUCUUCGACGCUGAGGCCUGAAGGUGAGGUGGGGAUCAGAUCACCAUGACUUGAUGCUGCAGAGGAUGCAGAGGCGAUGUUCAGGUAAUCUGCCGGAUCGGAAGAGCAGAUGCAAUCAUGCAUGCAGAUUCUAGUUUCUGCUCUCCCUUGUCAGUACUCGGAUGUGUAAAGAGGAUAGACUGACAGAUAGUAACCCCUGUACUGAGAUCCUGAUCACGCUUCGUCUCUUUCGCCGGGAGCCUCCGCCUGCCUGAAGCAGCCGUGCGCCGGCCGCGCCCUGCAGCUGCACGAGUACACGCACGCGUUAGCCGUUAGGCUGGCAAUUGUUGACUUGUUGGGCCGUUGGCACUUGGCGACACGCCUCUACUCGAGUCUCAAGUCUGAACCAACCACUCCAUUAUCCUUGUUGCUGCACAAGGCCAGCUGCAUAAGCCAAGCUCGCGCCGUCGUCAGCACAACGCUCCUGCGAUCUUCCCAGGAAGCUACCGGGCUCGUUGGCACUGCGCCCUGGCGUGUGCUGCAAUUUGACCUGACCGGGUUCGGAUGGCUAGGCUAGCUAAUGUCCAAGCCUUUUGCCGCUUGGUCUCAACCACUCGCAUAUCAUAUCCACAAACUAUAGAAACUGGUGCAGCGAUUCGUCAACACGCGGCUGCAAGAACGCGUCACCUUCCAACAUAAAAGGCUCGAGGCAGAGUAGCCAGCCUAGCAAGAAUUGCAUCGACACGGGAUCAGGCAUUCAGGUCGAAGUAGAGAUCGAGCUCGGAGACGCCAGAGCCGAUCGGCCGACGGACACCGCCCCCAUGGCCGGCGGGAGGAAGCGUGAGUGGCUGCGGAAGAAGAUGGCGAUGGCGGCCCCGAGCAACAGCAGUCGCCGUCGCCGCGGUGGACGCUGCGCGUCCGGGCGCUGCGCCGGCGGAGGCUCGGGUCUGGCGGCCUCCCGCGCGUCGACUUCCUCCAGAUCCUGUACGAGAACGUCAUCUUCUACCUGCUGUGGGUGAUCGAGUCCGUCAUCGUCCUCGCCAAGCUCUGCUUCUUCUUCCUGCGCUUCGGCAUCCUGCGCUACCGCAGGUCUUUGAGGACUGAUCAUCAGUCCGUGCCCUCAGUGAUGUAGCUAUCCCUUCUCUUUUACAUCUGCCAUGCGUGCAAUCGAACAUGUAAAUACGCAAAAAGUAAAACGACUUGUCGCCUGGUCUCCAUAUCUUUUUCAUGAAUACCAACAUUGUGAAUGACAUGUUCAAAC